AACAAGUUAUCAAGGAUAGAGAGAAAUUCACAGCAUAUAUAGCUUAUUAUGAUGGCGUUUUAUUUAGAUGAAGAAGAAGUGUGGAGAUGUCCAAAACACCCUUCGAAGCGACGGAGGAAUGGAGUUUGCCCGGUUUGUCUCAAGGACAGGCUCGUCAUUCUUUGCCCUGACUGUGCUAACGUACGCCCCUGUGCAUGCUACGCCUCUGCGUCGUCGUCUUCUUCCUCCGCUUCCUCUUCGUUUUCUCUCUUCUCCUCAUCCUCCGGUCGUAGCGGCGGCGGCGGAGGAGGAGGAGGUGGUGGUUGCGAAGGAAUUGGCUCCGUCGCACGAGUUUCGAAGCUUGUAGAAAGUGAGCCGGCGUUCCAGAGAUCAAGAUCCGUCGGAAUUCCGUUCCUCCGAUCGCGAGACAAAAAUUCCGCCGCCCGGAGAAAUCAGCCGCCGAUUUGUAACGACAAGAUUAUCAAAACGCCGUCGGUUUGGUCGGUUUUCAAGUUGAGUAAGAGUAAGAGAAGCGGAGAAUUAAAGAAGGAAGAAGUGAAAGGAAAAGCGAAUGUGAAAGCGAAUAUUCAUCAUGUCAAUAUUAUUAACGAAUUUAGUGAUAGUAGAAUUGAUGAUUUUGCGAGGAUGAUGAAUAGAUCAAGAUCAAUGAGUGUGGCGAUAACGUCAGUUUCCGGCGCCGGUGAGUCGCCGUCGAAGUCGAAAGGAUGGCAUUUUCCAAGUCCAAUGAAAGUCUUCCGUCAAUCGAAACGUUCGCCUUUGUACAGAGGUUGAGUUUUCAUUUUUUUUAUUUGUUUUUUUCUUUUUUAGUUUCUAUUUUUGAGUAUUCAGAAUAUUACAAGGCAGUAUUGAGUACUGUAUGAAGGAAUUUCAAGUAAGUAAAUGACAAAAAUAGUUUCAUUUCUUAUGGAUAUGAAUUGUAAUGAAAUAACAAUUGUGCGACUGUUUUAGAAGGAACUGGAAAUUUUGCAAUACAGUUUCAUGUUUAUUAGAUCUCCAUUGUAUUU